UGGCGAUUACCAGCAUAAUAAUUAUUAGCUUAAAUACCAUAUCUAUGUAUAAAAAGACUUCAAAAUAUUUCGUGGUAAAGUUAAAUAUUCAAAAUGAAAGUGCUAGUUGUAAUUUUUGUUAUGAUAUCCGUAACAGCGGCAAAAAUCACAGAUGAUUAUCUUUCAAAGACUUUUAAAAGCUGUGGUGCGAGCUAUGGUGGACCAAACAGCAUAUUUAAACUUGUAGUUGGCCCAAAUCCUGACAUCCAAACCUUGGGUCAGAAAGCUCUGUGUGUCGACAUUAAAACUGGAGCAACCAAUGAAAAUGGUGAUAUUAACAAAACUGUCACUAGGGAGUUCAUAAUGUUUUUUACGGGUGGUAAUAAGGAAAAGGCCGACAAAGUUGUAAAGAGUUGCACAAAGCGUGCUGGUGUAACUCCAGAAGUUGCAAGUUUUUAUUUUUGGCGCUGUGGAAGACUUAUUGUCGAUAACUAAAACAAUUAACUGAAUAAUAGAAUAUUAUUACUUUACAUAAUGGUAAUUCAAAUAUUGUCAAAAUAAUAUACUAGCAGCUCAUUUCAAUAAAGAAUUAAAUAUGA